AUGGCCUCCCAAGGGGCCUCUACGGACGCACCUGCGUUCCCGCAGGACCCGGCGGAGUUUGACAGCGACCCACGUAUCUCGUGGUCCAGGCUAGAUGAAAAGUUCAUCUUGGAAACGGAGGAUGGACAGGAGUUUGAGUAUGAUUCCGGUCUUAAGCGCUGGGUUUUCAAGGUUGAUGAAGAGCUCCUCAAGCAACAACAAGAGGCGUACAAAGUAGCAGGUGUUGAUGAAGAUGAGAUGGUCAACCCUCGUGAGAUGAAAAAGCGGAAGCUGCCAGCUGGCGAUGCCAAGGGUAAUAAGGCGAAGAAGCCACGAGUGAAUUCUGCAAUUUGGAUCACUGGUCUUCCGCAGGACACCAAGCGGGAUGAAAUUGAAGAAAAGUUCUCUCGUUGGGGUGUGAUCUCGAGGGAAAUUGACAGCGGCGGUCCACGCAUCAAGAUGUACUACGAGGAGGACGGCACCUUCAAGGGUGAAGCCCUAGUGGUCUAUUUCCGACCAGAAUCAGUCAACCUAGCCAUUCAGAUGGUCGAUGAAACCGAUUUUCGCGGAGGCCAGGGAACGAUGAGAGUUCAGGCAGCUGAAUUGUCUUUCAAGAGCCAAACAGAGGCACCCGCAAAGCCCGCCCCUCGUGAUAGACGCAAGGUCUUGGAGCGAACGGAGGAAAUGAACCGCUUGUUGACUGAUUGGGAUGACGAUGACCCGCUUCUUCGAAAUAACCUUAUCGUCCCCCAAGAACGGACUGUGGUCCUGAAGGGCUUGUUUACGUUGGAGGAGCUCAAGGAGGAUGUCGAGGCAAUUCUGGACAUCAAAGAAGAUGUCCGAACUGAGUGUUCCAAAAUCGGCGAGGUUACUAAUGUAGUGCUUUACGACCUGGAGCCAGAGGGAGUGGUGACUGUCAAAUUUGCCCAACCCGAUGAUGCACAGGCAUGUGUUACGCGCAUGGAUGGUCGAUUCUUCGGUGGCACUCAGAUCAAGGCCUACAUCCAAGUUGGACGUGAGAAGUUCAAGAAGACCAAUGAGCGGCGGGCAGCUCUGGAGGACAUGGCGGAGCGGGGUCUUGACGCCGAUAACGAAGAAGAGAACCAGCGACUCCAAGGGUUCGGAGACUGGCUGGAGAGCGAGAAAUAA